AUGGCAAUUUCCAAGCACUUUGAUAUACUAGGUAUUCCCAUGGAGACCAGAACAUCAAAAAUCCUCAUGUUUUGGUUGGUUGUGACAUGCAUUGCAGCGUCAAUUGUUCCGUUUGGAUCUGCUCAGGAGGAAAUCCAGGAUCUGGUGGAAUGCCUUUCGUCUUUCACAAGCGUAGAAGGUUGUAUCGAGGCAAUCGACAAGGCUGUUUCUGACAAGACCUUCGGCGAUCUUGGACCUGUUUGCUGCGAGGCAAUCACCUUGCUCGGUGACCAUUGUUGGCCCAUUGUUUUCCCACACCAGCCAUUCGUUCCUUUCUUACUCAAGACCGUUUGUAAACUUGUAGGGAAUGUUGAGAAAGUUGCAGCUGCUCCUUACUAG